AUGGCGCCGGCUCCUCCCAUUGUGUACUCUGCACUGGUGAAAAACACCACACACAGGGCGGUGACGCUGACUGUUACGUGGGCGAUGCCAGACACAUCCGACGUGCAGGCGCAAGUGGGUGUGGCGUCCGGUGACACAGUGAAAUUAAAGCAGAAAUUUGUGCGCCGCGGAUAUACCGUUCUGACGGGCUACAUCCGCCGGAUUGCCAUCAAUGGCGAAAGACACCGUGAGGCAACGCUUGAGGCACCAUUCAGCGGUGUGACGUCGCCUGUUAAGGACUACAGGGUGGAGAUUCACGCGGAGGGUGGCGCACCGCAGCUGCGCGCAAUAGGAGUGAAUCGAAGUGUCAGCUCUUAG